AUGAAUUCUCAGCUGCAGCAGGAAUCCCACUUGGAUGAGCUGAUCAGUCACCAUGAAAAUUCCUCCCUUGCCAACAUCCUUCGCCACCGCCGCGGUGUCCGCCCUUGCAAAGUUUCCAAUGAUGCACUCGAAGCAGCAGAUGAUCAAGCUGCAGCACUAACCAUAAAAGCUGUAGUUACGGUCAUAGCAACAGCCGGAGGCUUCCUAUCAACUAUAGGGAUCACUCAUCACCUCGAGGACUUGCUAGGCAAAACCUUUCUGCUGGAGCUAGUUAGCGCCGAGCUUGAUCCCAAGACGGGAACAGAGAAGGAAGCGAUCAAGGGGCACCUUCGCAGAGUGAGAAGAGACGUCAAGGAGGUGAUAUAUGAGAGUGAGUUGAGCGUCCCAGCAGGUUUCGGAGAAAUCGGAGCUGUUCAGAUUGAGAAUGAGCACCGCAAGGAGAUUUACAUCCAGACCAUCGACCUCACCGGCUUCCCAAAUGGCUCCACUCUCACCAUUCCCUGUAAAUCGUGGGUUCAUUCCAAGCAUAAUAAUACACAGAAGAGAGUUUUCUUCACCAACAAGUCUUACUUGCCAUCAGAGACUCCAAGUGGGUUGAAGAGGCUUAGAGAAAUGGAGCUGAGAAUUUUGCGAGGGAAUGGUGAGGGCGAAAGGAAAACGUCGGACAGGAUUUACGAUUAUGAUCUAUAUAAUGAUCUUGGAGAUCCAGAUAACAAUCUGAUUAGGCCAGUCCUCGGCGGCAAAGAACAUCCAUACCCUAGGCGCUGCAGAACAGGACGCCCGCACAGUGAAACUGACCCAUUAUCUGAAGAAACAAGCUCCAGUGUGUAUAUACCAAGAGAUGAAGCGUUUUCAGAGGAGAAACAUCUCACUUUCAACGGAAAGACACUAAAAUCUGUGCUGCACGCUUUGCUCCCUCAGCUUGAGAUAACACUCAUUGAUCGGGACUUGGGAUUCCCACUCUUCAAAGAAAUAGAUUCAUUGUUUAAUGAAGGCAUCGCGUUGCCUAAGCCCCAAACAAUUGGGUUUCUUAGGUCCGUCAUUCCAAAGCUAGUGAAUGCUGUUAGUGAUGGGAAGAAAGAUAUUUUGCUCUUUGAGACCCCUGCAAUGCUUGAUCGUGAUAAAUUUUCCUGGUUCAGAGACGAGGAAUUUUCACGGCAAACUCUAGCUGGUCUUAAUCCAUUUAGUAUUGAGCUAGUUAAGGAAUGGCCACUGAAAAGUAAGCUUGACCCUGAGAUUUACGGCUCACCUGAAUCAUUGAUCACAACUGAACUGGUGGAGAAAGAGAUUAAGGGAUUCAUGACUGUAAAUGAGGCCUUGGACAAAAAGAAGCUGUUUCUCUUGGAUUAUCAUGACCUGCUCAUUCCUCUAGUUAAAAAAGUGAGAGAAAUUGAAGGGACUACGUUGUAUGGUUCUCGGACACUAUUUUUUCUCACUGAGAAUGGAUGUCUAAGGCCUAUUGCUAUUGAACUUACUCGACCACCAAUUGGUGACAAGCCACAAUGGAAGCAAGUCUUCAUCCCCUGCUGGGAUGCCACAGGUGUCUGGCUAUGGAGGCUUGCUAAAGCUCAUGUUUGUGCUCAUGACUCUGGCUAUCAUGAGCUUGUGAUCCACUGGCUGCGGACUCAUUGUGUGACAGAGCCAUACAUAAUUGCCGCUAAUCGGCAAAUGAGUGCUAUGCAUCCCAUCUAUAGACUUCUUCAUCCUCAUUUUCGAUAUACAAUGGCAAUCAAUGCUCUGUCUCGAGGAAGCCUCAUUAAUGCAGGCGGAGUCAUUGAGAGUUGCUUUUCACCGGGGAAGUACUCUAUGGAGGUCAGUUCUGCUGCCUAUGAAAAGCUCUGGCGCUUUGACAUGGAAGCUUUACCCGCAGAUCUAGUAAGAAGAGGAAUGGCAGUUGAGGAUCCUACAGCUGAGCAUGGUCUGAAGCUAACAAUAGAAGACUACCCGUUUGCAAACGACGGUCUUAUUCUUUGGGAUGCCAUUAAGAAGUGGGUGAGCGACUAUGUAAAUCACUACUACCAAGACGCUAGUGUUGUUGAAUGUGAUGAGGAGCUUCAAGGUUGGUGGACAGAAGUUAGAACUAAAGGCCAUGAAGACAAAAAAGAUGAGCCAUGGUGGCCUGUUCUGAAAACCCCAGAAGAUCUCGUUCAUGUUUUGACAACAAUAAUUUGGGUGACAUCCGGUCAUCAUGCAGCAGUGAACUUUGGUCAGUACACAUAUGCUGGAUACUUCCCGAACAGACCUGCAAUAGCUCGAACAAACAUGCCAUGUGAAGAUCCAUCCGAUGAAGAUUACAAAACUUUUCUGGCAAAACCUGAAACAGCACUGCUAAACUGCUUUCCCUCAAAGAUUCAAGCAACAACUGUGAUGGCUGUGAUUGAUGUGUUAUCGGAACAUUCACCUGAUGAGGAGUAUAUUGGUGAGAUUUUGGAGCCAUCUUGGACUGAAAAUCCUAUUAUAAUGGAUGGUUUUCAGCGCUUUAAAGACAGUUUAAAAGAGCUAGAAAGAACCAUCAAUGAGAGGAACCUCAAUAAAAAACUAAGAAACAGAGUUGGAGCAGGGGUUGUUCCAUACGAGCUGCUGAAACCAUUCUCAAAACCUGGGGUCACUGGAAUGGGAGUCCCUAAUAGCAUCUCCAUCUAAAUUACAUGUAAUAAUUGUGGGAGAACUAGCUCUUGAUUAUAACUAAGGAAUCAGUAUCAUGUGGUGUCUGCAUAAUAAAUUCUAAUCCUAGGCCUUGUUCGGGAUUGCUUUGCAUUG